GCCAGAGGAAAUGAAAAGUAAAUGUUAUCUCAAAGUAUACCAGAUGACACCCCUAUGUGUCUGCAUUCAUAUCAAUCCACAAAACCUUUAAACCUUUCCUUCUGUCAUUAGGUCCAUGUACCAGAAGUUCCGCGAUGUGGAUAUAUUGGACAAGAAGAAAACAGUGACGGCUCUGAAACCCGGAGAAGAUCGAGCCAUCCUGCUGGGUCUUGGGAUGAUAAUCUCCUCGGUGAUGAUGUACUUCGUCCUGGGUGUCACCAUCCUGCGCUCCUACGCAGACAGUGUGUGGACAGAGGAGGGAGUGUGUGUGGUUCUCAACUCCACCAUCGCCGCUGACGUCAACUGCUCCUACCACUGCGGACCGGACUGCUGGCGGGUCUCGCGGUACCCCUGUCUGCAGAUCUACGUGAGCAUCAACAACACAGGCCGCGUGAGCCGUCUGUCCCACAACGAGGAGACCCAUGACGCCAGCUCUGAAUGCUUCUUUGUCCCCAAGUGCCAGAAGGAGAUGGGGGUCAUGCAGGCCAUGGUGGUGAACAUCUCGGAGCGUCUGAAGGCCAACCAGCAAAUCUCCUGUUACUACAACCCCAGCGAGAGGCAGCACGACACUGUGCUCCUCUCUCGGCUGUACGGCAACACCGCCGUCUUCCACUCGCUCUUCUGGCCCUCGUGUAUGCUCACUGGCGGCACCCUCAUUAUCAUCAUGGUGAAGCUCAACCAGUACCUCUCCAUGCUCUGUGAGGAGCUUGGCAAGGUCCACAAGUGAGAGGAAGGUGGAGGAAAGCUAGGUAGGCUGCUGAAUAUAAGAAGUGAGAAAAGAAAAUAAUCUGGGCCAUCAGGAAAAGAAGAAGCAGGGUUGGGGUUAGUUCAAACAUAUCUGACCUCUUGUAGCAUUGCUCUCCCGCUGUGUAACAGAUUCAUUAAUCCUCACCUCAUGAGAGUUUAAAGAUUAUAAGGUUAAAAUUGGGUGUUUAUUAUUUAUGGUUAUUUAAGUGCCACAGGGCAACACAUUUUGCCAUGGCACGUGCCUUUUAAAAAGAUGGGAGGAAGUCAUCUUGAAUUAAAGUAUAGUUGUUCUGCAUUGUAUUUAAUAUGCAAUGCAUACAAGAAACAGCAU